CGCCUAGCUAGUUCAUCAUCGCUCGCCACGCACAGCGGCGGCUGUUCGGCUCUGGCGUUAGCAAUCAUUUACUGCCGGUUUGCGACGAAGUCGAGCCGGUGCGGCGGGCCGCACGAGCCUAAUUUCCGGAGACCUCUGCCCCUAGUGGUGAGCGUGAAAAGGAAAGCCGGUUUUCGACGUUAUCCGACCGCUACGGCGCCUGCUACAUCUUGCGGAGUCACCGCGCGAGCAGACCAGCGUCAUUUGGGAAAGUGAAAGAGGACGAGUCGCUUCCCGUCAUUUUGCUGCUUGCAUCGCACGGAACCCCACCAUGCAGCACUGUGCUCUCACCGAGGCCAACCUGAAUUAUCCGCAACUGCAGAUCGAGGAUGACCCCAAGAAGCAGGCGACGGUGGAGAACAUCGUACGCCCUCUCGUUCUCAGCGUACACACUAUUUGCAAGAUCCGGGACGUGUUCAACAGUGAGAUCGAAUUGGGCUUAAUGAAAAAUCCUCGUAGACCGUCGUCUCUGCAGAUGGAGAACACCUAUUUGCCCGAACUUCCCGAUGGCACCGAGAGGGGCGAGUUCCUUGCGCUCGACUUGGGUGGAACCAACUUUCGAGUCCUGCACCUUCAACUGGAUCCCGAAGGUGAGAAGCAGUUUCACGUCAAGUACUAUUCUGUUCCGGAACCCAUAAGACUGGGACCUGGCGAAAAGUUGUUCGACUUCCUGGCCGACUGCAUUCACGACUUCAUGGAGACCAAUAACUUGAUGGGAAAACGAAUGCCCCUGGGUUUCUGCUUCUCCUUUCCGAUGGUACAAAGGGCGCUGAAUGUGGGAAUUCUCGUCACAUGGACAAAGAGCUUCAACUGCUCGGGUGUAGUUGGUCAAGAUGCAGUUCAGAUGCUCAAAGACGCCGUCGAUCGGCGAGGUGAUAUGGACAUCGAUAUUGUAGCCGUCGUGAAUGACACGACGGGUACCCUGGUCAAGGGAGCCUUCCUAGAUCACGAGUGUGCCAUUGGCCUCAUCUUGGGAACCGGCAGCAACGCCUGUUACCUCGAGAAGAUAGAGAACAUCGAAAAGUGGGAAGGUGAUAAAACGGGUAUCCGUGAAGUGGUAAUCGACGUUGAGUGGGGUGCCUUCGGCGACAACGGCGUGCUCAACUUUAUCAAGACGGAGUUCGACCGAAACGUGGACGACAACUCGCUGCUCGUCAACUCCUUCACUUUCGAGAAGCUCUUCUCCGGCAAAUUCCUCGGUGAGCUGGUGCGACACGUUCUGGUCAAGCUUAUUCGAGAACGAGCCCUCUUCGAAGGCAGGGCCUCCGAGACUAUCCUCACGAAGGGCACGUUCACGACGGCUGACGUCUCGGAACUCGAAGGUGAUGACGGCGAGAGUCGUGCGCGCGAGGUUUUGGCUAGGAUUGGCUACAUACGGGUAACGGACGAAGAUAUCGCUGUCGUGCGCUACGUCUGCGGUGUGGCGUCAGCGAGAGCAGCGCUCCUCGUGUCCAUCUGCCUGGCGGAGCUACUGAAUCGCAUGCAGAAGCCGACAGUGACAAUAGCCAUCGACGGCUCACUUUACAAGCACCAUCCCAGGUUUCACCGACUUAUGACCCACUUCAUCACGAUGCUUGCGCCUAACCGUCAUUUCAAGCUGAUGCUCGCCGAAGACGGCAGUGGCAAAGGAGCUGGGCUCGUCGCUGCUGUGGCCGAGAGGCUGCGACGUGCGAAGUUGAAUGGCUACCAUGAGUGAUAACCGUUAAUUUGUCAGCACACGGUGCUGUGUGUGCGGAAAAAAAUGAACUGAUUGCAUGCUCUGCAAGUGUACAGUGUAUUUUGUAAAUAUAACCCAGCCCUCUAUGUUGUUUCUAAAUCGUCUGAUGUGAAAAAAAAAUCCCCACUGCUUUCCGAGUUCUCAAACCUUGCAGCAGUUUCCUACAGUUGUAGCCGUUUCACAUUACAGAAAAAAUUCAAUAAUGGGCAUUAGGUCACACCAGGCAUUAUUAUGCCUUGUGCGCUCAUAUGUGUGACUUCCUUAUUACGCUGAAACAGAGCCACCUAUUUUCCGGUGGUCGUAGGUGUUUCCUUUAGGUGCGUGAUGACUGAUGAGGCUGUGUAGGACAUCGAAAACGGGGCGAGAGAAGUUGGGUUUUUCUGUGAUGAAGUUUUGUGCUUUUCUCUUGAUGGUCAAGAGAAAAGCUAGCAUGUUGAUCCGAGUCCGUGUAUAGGUAACUGCUCACUGUAUUCGUUGUGUUUGAGACAAUGCGCUCUCUUGGCGCAUUGGUCCUAUGAAUUAGAGGCCUGUUAUUAUCCGCAUAAACUAGCCGUGGUACGAUUUCAAGAGAAAUUAGAUAAAGAGCUAAAUUUUCUGUACUUACGAUGCAGGGUGAAUUCAGAUAUAGAAACCAAACAAGGAAGCACAUAUGCGAAGGAAGUUUUCAUCACGUGACUUUAUCGCGUGACUAGAAACAAUUGUGCUCCUCGAAUGUGCGCUCUCGAAUGUGCGCUAAUGGAAAGUUCUUCAUGGAUCGGUCACCUUUAUAGAACCGGGUGUGUAAACACCGAAGGAAAAGCUGCGCGAUAGACAAAGUUGUGGCAAUCUGAAUUUCGUUAUAACAAUUGGAAUCAGGAAAGUUAUGGCGUGUUGACUUUACUUCAAAUCACUUUAUUUUCGUGCUUCCUUCGUUCAUAGAGGGGCAUUGCCAAAUUAUACAGCAUUUCCAACUUCUUCCGAGUGGUGAAUGACACAGCAAUUAGGCAGCAGCGAAGAUAGUGAUUUAAAUGCGUCGAUUAUUUAUCUAAUUCGUUGCCUCAGUCUUCCAUAUUCGUUGGCGUCAAGAACAUUGCAUUGUAUCUCUAAUAAUUGACCGCAUUUUCAGGAAUGAGUGUUGAUGUCAUGUGAAGCGACAAGAUGGUCUCCCCCGUCCCAUAUGGUGAACACCUGGCGUAUGUCUCUGUGAAGUUAAAUAUACAUUGUUCUAUUUUUAUGCAGUUUCUAAUCAAGGUCUGAGAACCCAGCGGCAGACAGCUUGUAGCGUUUCUAGGCAGCCAAAAUGCUGACUCGCGGGCAAUUUAUCAGUUUUAAAGCAUAAGAGAAAUUUUGAUGAAGUAUGUUAUCGGAAGCAUUAUUAUCAAACGCCCUGCAGUCUACGGAUGUUUUGUUGAUCCGGAUACCUUGUUUUUGGACUUUAAGGCUCAUCAAUUAUAUCAUAAGUGAGCUUCACCUGCAUUUUUUUUCGAAAGGAUUGCAUUGUUGCAGUAUUAACUAACGUAUUGUUUUCUUUAUUUUUUUCUGAGGUACGUAACAGAUUUUUCGUAACCUAGACAACUGAAGAAAGUGUGUAUAUUGUGGGGACGUUCUUUUUACAAGUGGAAUAUCUGCUAAAAAUAACUACGUAACUGCCAUUUUUACUUGAUGUUGUGAUGAUGACCGAUGCGGCCAACGAAUAAGACGUGGAUAAGUAUUA